AUGGCCGACCCAAUGCUGACGUCGCUUUGCGCCAUCUGCCACGUCGCUCCGCCCAAAUACAAGUGCCCGCGGUGCGGCCUGCGCAGCUGCUCGCUCAAGUGCACCACCAAGCACAAGGCCUGGUCCGCCUGCAGCGGCACGCGCGACCCGACCGCCUACCUUCCCCCAUCGCGCCUGCGUACUCCGGCCGGAGUCGACCACGACUACAACUUCCUGCACGGCAUUGAGCGCUCCCUCCAGCGCGCCGAGCGCGUCCUCGUCGACGAGCGCCACCUCGUCCACCCCGAGGAGCUGCGGCCCAUGACCGUCCAGGAGGUCCGCUGGAAGGCGGGCCGCGAUGGCCGCAAGCGCAAAGUCCUCGUCACACGGCUGCUGCGCGACGCCAAGGGCCGCCGUUUCGAGCGCUUCCUCGCGCAGAGGCUGCGCAAGCUCAAGGUCGAGGUGCUCUGCAUGCCGACCGGAAUGACCAGGCAAAAGGAGAACAGCACGACGCUCAAUAGGAAGACGUCGAGGAUCAAUUGGCAGGUUGAGUGGUUUCUUAUUGAUGACGAUGCAGAGGCUGAGGUGGCGCGAGCGGAGGAGGAUGAGGCGAGCGAAGCGUGCAACGCGACGAGGGUCUUGUCCAAGGUCAUGGACAAUGUCCCGCUCCACGAAGCGUACCGGACGAUGCUCGACGAACAGGAAGCCGCGAAGCGACGGCAGGCAAAAAAGGACGGCCGCACGAUCGACGAAGAACCCAUAUACCAUGGCAACUUCCCCAAGUCCCGAUGCCUGCCGUCCCGUACAGCCAUGCAGGAUCCGCAAACUGGACUAUGGUUCACCUGCACCGGGCCCAACGUCGAAACUUGGCCUCAGGAAAAACAGCUCGAAUACCAAUACUUCCUUGCCCAGCCGCAGACGCGGCGGCCCGACAAGCGUCUCGCCGUAUCCCCUCUACAGACGACCGAUUGCCUCCGCGACGUCCUGACCAAUACGCGCGUCCUCGAGUUUCCCACCAUCAUUGUGCUGCGUAGCGGGACGGAAUUACCAGAGUCAUAUAUACUAGGACCCAAGGACUCGAUAUCGCCGAUGGCAGCGCCAAGCGGAGGUAGCAAGCGCAAGGACGGCCCGGCUGGUGGUAAGGAGGCCGGCGACAGGGCAGCCAAGAAGCGCAAAAGUGAUGACGUGGAGGAGGGUGAGGUGGACGAGUAUGAGGAUAGCGAUGGUGGUGCGGGAGGGUUGGUCAAGGGCGCCGUGAUUGAUGAGCAGAGCAUGGACGAGAACGAGGACGACGAUACUAGCAGCUCUGGGUCACCGAGCGAAUCGGAGAGCGACACAGACGACUAG